CUUCCUCUCUCGCGCCGCCGCCACCGCAAAACCCUAGGCUCCGACGACCCGCCGCCGCUGCCUACCCGCCAUGGCUUCUUCGCAGGGGCCUAAGAAGAAUUACCGCUGUGACCGGUCGUUGCAGCAGUUCUACACCGGCGGCCCGUUCGCCGUCGGGAGCGCUGCCCCUGGCGGCGAAGGCGACGCCGAGGCGUUCCUCGCGUGCGCCUGCGGCAGCGAGCUGCGUGUGGUGUCCGCCGCCGAUGCCUCCGCCAUAGGGGAACCGAUCGACGGGGACUCCGAGGCCGUCACGGGGCUCGCGCUGUCCCCAGACUCCCGCCUCCUCUUCGCCGCUGGGCACAGUAGGCUUAUUAGGGUCUGGGACCUCGCGUCCCGCACUUGCAUCCGCAGCUGGAAGGGACAUGAUGGUCCUGUUAUGGCCAUGGCAUGCCAUGCUUCUGGUGGUUUGCUUGCAACUGCUGGAGCAGACAAGAAAGUGUGCGUGUGGGAUGUAGAUGGUGGAUUUUGCACGCAUUUCUUUAGAGGUCACACAGGUGUUGUGACAACCAUUAUGUUCCACAAAGAUCCAAAGCGUCUUCUGUUAUUUUCAGGAAGUGAUGACGGCACUGUACGAGUCUGGAACCUUGAAAGCAAAAAAUGUGUUGCUGUGCUUAAAGCGCAUUUUUCUACAGUGACUUCAUUGGCAUUAUCAGAAGAUGGGCAAACAUUGCUCAGUGCUGGGAGGGAUAAGGUUGUGAAUGUGUGGGAUGUUCGGAAGUACAGUUCAAAGAAGACAAUACCAACAUAUGAAAUGAUAGAAGCUGUUUCCUUCAUUGGACCAGGAAGUGGCUUCUUGGCUUGUUUGGGUGUUGAACCGGCAAAUUUGAAGAAAAGAACAGAUUCUUAUUUUCUUACAGUUGGUGAACGUGGGGUCGUGCGCAUCUGGUGCUUGGAAAGCACUGUUUGCGUAUAUGAGCAGCAAUCAUCCGAUGUAACCAUAAACUCAGAGAACGAGGAGUCUAGAAGGGGCUUUACCGCUACUAUUAUGUUGCCAGAUGAUCGUGGGUUGCUAUGUGUAACCGCUGAUCAACAAUUUUUGUUCUAUUGUUGCACGAGAACUGAUGAAGGGGCCUUCCAGUUGAACCUAUAUAAACGACUAAUAGGCUAUAACGAUGAGAUUCUUGAUUUGAAGUUUGUUGGGGAAGAGGAGCAAUAUCUUGCCGUAGCUACGAACUUGGAGCAGGUCCGUGUUCAUGACGUUGCAUCAAUGUCAUGUUCUUAUGUGCUGGCUGGCCACACUGAAAUUGUUGUUUGCCUUGACACUUGCGUUUCUGCUUCUGGAAAGACACUCGUUGUAACUGGAAGCAAAGAUAAUACUGUGAGGUUGUGGGAUAUGGAAAAGAGAAGCUGUAUUGGUACUGGUAAAGGCCAUCUAGGAGCUAUUGGUUGUGUUGCUUUCUCAAAAAAAUCGAAGAACUUUUUUGUUAGUGGCAGCAGUGACCGGACCAUCAAGGUAUGGAGCUGGGAUGAUACUCUCAUUGAUGCUGAUGGUGAAGUAUCUCUCAAAGCUAAGGCUGGUGUAGCUGCACAUGAUAAAGACAUUAAUUCUCUGUCUGUCUCUCCUAAUGAUGGCCUUGUUUGCAGUGGUUCUGAGGACCGAACUGCAUGUAUAUGGAAACUCCCUAACCUAGUGUCCUCUGUUGUCCUUAAAGGGCAUAAAAGGGGCAUUUGGUCAGUUGAGUUUUCUCCUGUCGAGCAAUGUGUCAUAACAUCAUCUGGUGACAGAACGGUCAAAAUAUGGCACGUUACUGAUGGCUCAUGCUUGAAGACAUUUGAGGGUCAUACAUCAAGUGUUUUGAAGGCUUCUUUCCUUUCACGUGGAACUCAGUUUGUUUCUUGUGGAAGUGAUGGCCUAGUUAAACUAUGGACGAUAAAAACAAGUGAAUGCAUUGCUACUUAUGACAAGCAUGAUGGGAAGGUUUGGGCAUUGGCUGUUGGCAGGAAAACUGAAAUGCUUGCUACUGGAGGAACUGAUUCUGAUCUAAAUCUUUGGCAUGAUUGCACGACGGAAGAUAAGCAGGAAGAUUUCCGUAAAAAGGAGGAGGAAGCUUUGAGAGGCCAGGAAUUGGAUAAUGCUGUGUCAGAUUCUGACUACAAAAGGGCGAUACAACUUGCAUUUGAGCUUAGAAGACCACGCAGGCUUCUUGAGUUAUUUUCACAGCUUUGCAGGAAAGAUGAUCCAGAGGACCCUAUAGAAAAGGCCCUUGUUGGUCUCCCAAAGGAGGGGCUUCGCUUGCUUCUUGAGUACAUUCGGGAAUGGAAUACAAAGCCCAAGUUUUGUCAUGUUGCGCAGUUUGUGCUUUUCCGGGUGUUGAAGAGCUUUCCUCCCACUGAUAUCUUGGAGAUAAAAGGCAUCAGUGAGCUCCUUGAAGGCCUCAUUCCAUAUUCGCAGAGGCACUUCAGCAGAGUUGAUAGACUAGUGCGCAGCACAUUUUUGUUGGACUACACCUUGACCCGGAUGUCUGUUGUAGACCCAGAUGUUGAUACGGCCACAACCAGAGAUGUUACAAACAGCUCAGUAGUGGAGAAUGGUGAAAUUGUGCUGGCGGAGCCGGAUUUAGGGGUAUCACAGGAGAGCCCAGAAAAGCCAGGCAAGAAAAGAAAAUCUAGCAAAUCAAGCAAGAAAGUUAGUAAGAAGGUGAAGGCCUCUUCAAAUGGGGACAGUAAGACUAUUUCAGUUGAGGCUUAAACUGUAAAGUCUGGCCUGUUCACUCUUCACACCACCAAUUUUGUAGCCGCUGUUGUAACUUCCAUUGUGCAACACGAAUCAUAUUUAUCGUGCUUCGUGACGAACAUUGUACAGAAUGUAUUCUUUACCUAGUUAAGGACCUGUAUGCCUGAGGCAUUUACGAGUGCUCUGUUAGAAAUUUCUGUUGGAGUUCACAGUAAAACUUUGGUUUAUAAAACAAAUGUCUUCAUUUA